UUAUCUGUCAAAAGUUCAUCGUGUUGUGGUUUUGUGAGGAAUUUUGUUUUUCGAUAUUAUUUUAGCUUAUAAUUUGCAACUUUUUAUGAAUUUUAUCUGUGUUUGAUGCUGUUAGAGUAUAUUAUCAGCGUAGAUUGUUUGUUUCAUUCAAACAAUCAUGAAAACAAGCAAAUCUACAGAGAAUACCGAGGUGACACCUUCAAAAAAAGUACUGAAGCAAGCUCGUCUUCCAUUUAAACUCAUUAGUGAGGUAUCAACUUCGCCUACCACUCCGCAAACAAGAAAAAGAAAGCUUUCAUCUGCUGAUGCUGAAACGGCCCCAAAAAUCGGGAAGUUAAGCAAAGAGAAUGAUUUGGCAGAACAAGCAGUUGUUAUUAGUGAUGAUGAAUGUGUUGACACCGAUAAAACAUCUAACGAGGAGAAGCCUCUGAAUCCCUUUGUGAAAUUAGUAGAUACGGCAUGGAAGAAAAAGCUUCAGAGAGCCAAGAAGAAGAAAACAUCCAAAAAGUCUGCUAAAAGUAUACCAAAUGGCACUACAGAGACAGCGAGUACAGAAGAGCACCCUGAAAGCAAUAAAGAUGAAGUUGAGAAGAUGGAUGUUGAUUUAUCUGCACCAGAAGAUGAAAAUAAACAAAGUGAAGAUAGUUCGACCAAAUCAAGUUAUGUUGCUGAGGUAAAGGCAACUCCGAAACCUAGAAAAUCCACACCUAAUAAACAAGUGUCAAGAAAAACCAGAUCAUCGAAUAAAAGAGUCACAAAGUCUUCAGGUAAUAGUGAACCUGAAAAUAGUACAUCUGAAAUUGUAGUUUUGGAAGAUUCUAACUCAUGUGACAAAUUAGUUGAAAACAAAGAAGCACUUGUUGAUUCAGAAAAUAAUGAAAAAGAAGAAUGUGCUUAUCAGGAAGAAAAAACUGAAUUGAUUGAAGAAAUUAAUGAAAAAUCAAAAGAUGAAGAAAAUAUUUCACCUUCACCAGAGCAAAGUAAUGGAGAUAUUGAACCCUCUAAAAGUGUUGAGGCUAAAGAAAGUUCACCUGAGGUAGAAGAAGUCCAACCAAGCGCAGUCACUCCUAAAAGAAGUGCUAGGAACAAAGCAAAAACAGAAGAAAAUGAAAAGAAAUUGGACCAGUCCAGUUCCAAACUUGAUGAGUCUACUUCCUCAAACCCUUCAACUCCCAAACAUAACAGAAGCUCGUCUGUGACAACUAGUUUAGAUGAGUCACUGAACAGUUCAAUUCCGUCUGCGAAUCUUACUCCCAAACAACUUGCAAAGAAGUUGGAGUCGGCAAAGAAGAGAGAAGAAAAGGAAAAAGAGAAAUUAGAAAGGGAAAAAAAAAGACAACAGGAGAAAGAAGAACGAGUAAAACAGAGACAAGAGAAAGAGGAGCAGAAGAAGAAAGAAAGGGAAGAAAAAGAGGAGGCCAAGCGCCGGGAGAAGGAGGAAAAAGAAGAACUGAGGCGAAAGGAAAAGGAAGAAAAGGACCGACAGAAAGAGCUAGAAAAAAAACUUAGAGAGGAAAAAGAAGAGCAAAAGAAAAAAGAACGGGAAGAGAAGGAAGAGCAAAGAAAGAAAGAGAAGGAAGCAAGAGAUGAAGAGAAACGUAAAAAACAAGAGGCUUUGGAGCUAGAAAAGCAGGAACAAGAGUUGAAAAAGAAAAAGGCUGCUGAAGCAUUCGUUAACUUCUUUGUUCCAAAACAGAAGUCAGAGAAAGAUCAGCCGUCUUUGGGUCCUGUUAGCAAAAGCAGUGUUUUAUCUAGUUUCGCAGUAAAAAGCGAUAUGAAGCUUGCACCUACUACAAGGGCUAAUUUAAGUGAUGAAAAGAAGCAGACUUUAGACAACUUGAUGGAGGAACAGAAGUCAGAUAAUGUUUUGUAUCUGAACAGUUUGAAGGAAGGACACAAACCUUUGUCUAGUGGGAAGACAUGGCCCAUAUCUGAUAAAGAUGAUGAUGAUGUUAUGAUAGUUGAGGAUGAGUUACCUCCAUUAGAUGGAGAGGGUGAAAUAAUAACUUGUGAGCCAACAGUGCGUGAAAAGUUGAAACCGAAACUCCUUAGCUUUGAAGAAAAUAAACGGCCUCCCUACUGGGGUACCUGGAGAAAGAAGAGUGCAUCUGUUAAGCCAAGGAGACCAUUUGGUCAAGAUCAGAAACUAGAUUACGAGGUGGACAGCGACGAGGAGUGGGAAGAGGAGCCAGAUGGCGAGAGCGUGGACGGCAGCGCGGCCGGCAGCGACGACGAGCACGACGCCGACGAGUACGAGGUCGACAACGACGUGUUCGUGCCGCACGGGUACCUCAGCGACGAGGAAGCAACAAUGGACGAUGACGAUGUUUUAUCUCUGUCACCUGAAACACAAAAAGCGAGGCUGAAGCACUUAGAAGAUGAAUUUGAAUCCGAAAUGAAGAAACCAACCGAAAAGAUAAAACCACGUUUGUAUGGCCUGCUGUGGGAAACAAGCGAUGGCGGGAAACCAGAGAAAUGCGUUGACGCUAUAUGGAACUACUUUGGAAAAUUAUCUAUGAUUAUGGGUGACCCAACACCUUUCUUCCAACCAUCAAAUGAACCAGAAGAAUCUGAGAAAAAGAAAGUAAAAAAGAAGAAAGUAGUAAAUGAAGGAGAGAAACAAAGCCCUAAAAGUGAGAAAAAAAAGAAACCUAAACCAGAAAAUAAGGAAAGUAAACCUAAGAGUGAUCUGAAAAAGAAUACUCCGGAAGUAAAGAAAAAUCAACCUGGUAUUAAUUCCUUUUUGACUAAAUUAAAAUCAACCUAAUUUAUUUAAUUUCAUAGGUACUUCAAGAUUAUUAUCAUUGGUUUCAUUGCAAUCUCUAUGAUUGCACUACCGUUUUAAAAUCAAAAUAUUAUAGGUUGAUUUUAUAGUUAUUAAUUUUUUUUUCAGACUAUGGUUAAAUAAUAUCAAUUUCGUGCAGUUUGUAAUAAUGCACAUAUUUUUAAAAACUAAUUUAUAUUCCUAAUUUUCACUGCGACAAGAUAAAAAUAAAUGCGUAUGCUAAAUAAUAUUUCAUAUUGUAAUACAUAGUAGUGAUAGAUUUUGUAU